AUGGAUCACUUUAGUCAAGGAAACAUUAAUUAUCCUCCUCAACCAAGAAGCGAUGCGUUUAGUGAUCCAACUACGCAAACUCUAAACCCAAUAGUGGUUGGUUCUUCGGUACUUGCAAUUAAGUAUAAGGACGGUGUAAUGUUAGCCGCAGAUACAUUAGCGUCAUUUGGAUCACUUGCUCGGUUUAGAGAUUGUGAACGGCUCUAUCGCGUCGGUGACUUCACAGUACUUGGUGCUUCAGGAGACAUUUCUGAUUUUCAAUAUACCACACAUCUUUUAGAUACUUUGGUGGUUGAAGAAUAUUAUACAAAUGACGGUCAUGUCCUUAAACCACCGAAUAUCUACGAAUAUUUAAGUCGCCUGACGUAUGGCAAACGGAACAAAUUUGAUCCUUUAUUGAAUUCUUAUGUUAUUGGAGGUUUUGAUGGUGGAGAAGGGUUUCUUGGAUAUGUUGGACACCUUGGAACAUCUUACCAAUCUUCAACGAUCGCGACUGGCAUUGGAGCUCAUAUAGCUCAACCAAUUUUACGUAAGGUUGUUGAAGGUAGAGAGAAUACAAUUACUGAAGAGGAAGCCAUUCAAGUUCUCGAAGAUUGUGAAAAAAUUUUAUAUUGCAGGGAUGGGAGAAGUCUAAACUAUUAUCAACGUGCAAAAAUUACCGCUCAAGGCGUAGAAAUCAGUGGACCUCAUAAAGUGGAGGGAGACUGGCAAUACGGUGUAAAAUUUGGCAAAUAUGGUAAUUUUAAGUAG